AAUACAUGUAGACAGUGAACAAUACAAUCUUGCUCUAAAAUAUUUCAUAAAAUACGAAAACUAAUUCGUGUCAAUGCUACUUCUGAAAGUGUCCGACAUAAGAUACGAUUGAUAAUCAUCAAAUAAUACAAAAAAUACAAUGCGCAUUUACUGUGUGCAAGGGAAGUAAAUUAUAUAGUGUACUCAGAGGUCCCCGUUUACCCUACCCUCAACCUUGUAUUCUUUAUUGGAUUUAUUUAAUUGGUCACUGUUCCUAAUCUUUAGUUUUUUUUAUUUUAUAGGUCUUAUAUCGUGAUGAAAUUUUCAUACAUGUACAUUUGUAAGCUUUAGAAAUUCUAAUGCAUUGUACCGGUGACCCGAUCAUUUUGAUUAAAUAACUAAGUUAGCAUAAAUGUACCGGAAAUAAAACUUACGCAGCUCAGUUAAGGAGAUAUGAUACUGAGAUGAAAGUAAUUAGAUUUUUCUGAAAAUCAUUUAUCAUAGAAAUGAGUUCUCUCCUGUUUGAAAAAUGACAAUUUUUAUAUAUGUAAAUGAGUUCGUUUCCAUGGAAACAACCCCUGAACCUAAAAAUGUUGAAAAAACACAAAAGGCCAAAAUUUAGCAGUUGUAGAACCAAAAAUAUGUACAACAAACAAACAGGUUGUAAUAUGGCUAUAUUCAAUGGCCAUCAUACAAACAGUCUAUGUGCAGACACUGUGAUGUGAAAAUAUUUUCCACGUAACGCAAAAACAAAAUUGCCCAAAAUUCAGUCCGAAUUUCCUCAGCGCCUCUAAAAAAUAUCUUUUUGAGGAUAGAGUUUUCUAGGUUAAUGGUCAAAAACAUUUACUGAAUGUAAUUAGAUUUUAAUUAUUUUACUAUGAUUUAAAGAUGGCAUCCAUAGCUACAGGACUAACCAAAAAUAUUGGCAUAUCAAUGAAUUGGAUAAAAAGAUAUGAUGAACUGAAGGUCAUCUGAGGUCAUUGAAAAUUGCUACAAAUAAACUGAUUUUUUUUUCUUUCUCUAAAACACAUUUUUUAAAAACAUCAAACACAACGUUUAAAUCUUAUGUUCUUAAAAGUGGUUAAUUUGUGAAAAUAUUUUAGUUGGUAUGAAAACGAAUUCAAUUUGGAAAGAAAACAGUCUGAAUUUCUUUUUUUUUUUUUUUUUUUUUUUUUUUUUUUUUUUUUUUUUUGGCAUUUUGAGCGUUAAAAAAAUCAUAUCCUGUAUGAAUGUAUAUAGAAUUUUUGAAAUUUCAUAUAGAGAAUGCAUAAAGGUACCAAGACAAAAAAAAAACAAAAACAAAAAAACACUUAAAAUCAUAUCACCGACCAACCUAAAUGUUCUGAUCUCAUUAAAACUUUCAUACUUUAGUGAAUCUUUAACCACAAUAAUCAAAUAUAUGGCUCGAAUUGUUUUGAACACAGCCUUAUUUUGCUUUGAAAAAAUAAUUCAAACAAGUAGCAAUCUGACAUCCGAUAUUGAUACCGUAAUUGCGCCUUAGUAUUUAAUAAUCUACGAUAGUCUUGUGCCAUUAGUUGUAAUUGAAUCAGUGCAUGUAAUUCAUUAUAGUAAAAGUGUAAACUGUGAAAAAUACAAUAGAAUUGCCAUGAAUCAAAGGAUGAUGGACACAUACUUAUUAGAUCAUUAAUGAUUCAAAUAGAUACUCGCGUAAAGAAAUUACGUAUCGCAGAUAUACAUUAUGUACCCCUCUAAACUGCAAAUAUUGUUUUAGGUGUAUGUGUAAAUUAUUUGAUUGCUAUUGAUUCUAACUAUUCUAAAGUUUCAACUGAUAUUCUGGUGAAACCUAUAAAUUAGUUUUUACAUACAGGCCAGAUGCCUUAUCUAUCAAAAUUGGUAGGAAUCACCCUGCCUGACAGUAUAUACAUACAGAGAGCAAAAUGACAACCAAAUAGGUGCAUUUGUGCACCCCCCCCUUUCAAACAAUAAGUUAGUAUACCACAGGUCUGCUAAAUUAUUUUCAGCAUGCACUUGAUUUAAAUAAUAUCCAUGAUGUUUCUUAUGUGGAUUGAUUAUGAGUAGAUUUUCCGGUCAUAUGGUCAAUCCAAUCUGGACAUUGGAAAUACUGUGCUUAAUAUUUUGAAAACCCUUUGUUUGACAUACAUCGAACUUGGUACACUGGUUCAUCAUAAGGAGUAGAUGAGCUCUAUUUAUUUUGGGUUCAUAUGGUUAUAGGUCAAGUGUCUAACUGAACUUAGCAAUAUAUUGUCUCCUAUAUUUUAAGAAUCAUUUGACACCCACAUUGGUACACCCUAAAUAGUAGAUGACCCUAUUAGAUUUUUAGGUCACAUACUCAAGGGUAAAUUCACCCUGGACAUAGGAAGAUAUUGUCCUGUCACUAUUUUGAAUUGUUUUUGCACUACAUGUACUACCAAUUAAAUGACACAUCUGUAUAACCCAAUCCAAUUUUUGCACCACAUGUUUUUUGAAGCAUUACUUGUUUUAUUUGGCCUUGUGCAAGAAAAAACUUCUAUUUUGUUCUUAAAAAUUAGUACAAUGUAAAAUUAAUUUCAAAUCAUUAAGGUAGUACUCUACAUCGUCAUAAUGGCUGACUUCCUUUAAAAACAUGGAUGACAAAAUCGAUAUCAGCAAUAUUUGAAUUUUCCUUUUCCAUUUAAAUACCUAGCCGAGUAGCUCAGUAGGUUAGAAUACCGACUGCUGAACUGUACGUCGCAGGUUCGAGUCCAACAGGGGUUUUAAAUUUUUUUCAGAUUACCUUCUACUAAAACUGUAUUUUUUGACAAAAUAAAGUAAAUUUGAAAAUUUGAAAAUUCAAAAUAUUUUUGUACAUAACCUACACUUUUCAUCUACAUCAAAUUUCUCUGGUGUAGCAUACCUCCUUAAUUCAGGUAGUAAUUUUAAAUUUGUAAAAGACAUACUUAAGAGUAAGGAGUUUGAAAAUGGUUUAUCGUCCACAUGAUCCAAAUGACCUCCGAGUACAUAUAUGAAGCAUCAUGGAUUAUGUGAGUGGGUGGCUCAUGGGCCUUUUGUUCCAGUUUCUGUUUCAAAGUUCUUGUUUUGCAUGCAUGUUAAGAAUUUUUCUCUUAAAUUUCAGGUGCAUUUCUUUUUAACUAACUCCAUAUUGACUUGCCAGAUCCGACGAGAAUGAGAUAUCUAUAUCCUAUCCAAGUGGAAAGCGGACAGCGCUGGUAAUGAAUGAUGCUCACAAGAAAAUGUGUAAAGCUAUUUUCAAGUCGGACAAUGUUGAAAAAACUGUGCUUGAUGUGCUUGCCACCUCAAACCCUGAUGAUGUGGUUAUGGCAGCUACCAAGAUUGUUCAGGCAGAAACCAAAGCAAUUUGCAAAAGAAAUUCAGGCUCCCUGUUACUGAAGAAGGAUCAUGACAGUAUGAUGACCUUUACAUGGAACAAAUUUCAUAAGGAUUUGGAAGUGCGUGCUCCUAACCUGUUGAGGGUAAUCAGUGCAGUUGUCAGUGAUGUUCCAGUGGCACCAUCAGAGAAAAAGUUUAUGAAUAUCUUGCACACAAUUGCAACAGGAUGUCAUGGCCGUAGCCAAGAAAUGUCUGGGCUGCACUAUUGUAUUGCUUUUUUGCUUGUUCAUGGUGGAUGCACUCAAAGGGAUAUUCAAAGACUUGCUAAAAUUGGACUUUGUGUAAGCCCUGGAUCUGUGCACAACAAGUUGGCAUCCUGGAUUGACAAGCUGGAUGAAGAUGUUAUUCAGUUGAAGAAAGAUUGGUCAGAAGGAGGAAAUGUGAAGUAUCAGUUGGUCGGAGACAACUGGGACAAAAACAUUCUCCCAGCUUUCAGGUAAGCAGUUCUUUUGGUACUUAAACUUAUAGUGUCACAUGAUGUGUUCAUCAGUCGUAACAAUAACUGCAGUACAUGUAAUAUUAAUGAAAGUCAAUGUACUGUGGUCUCUCACAUGUAACCACUUCAAUAAAGGUAACUCUCAUUGACAAUGUCGAUAUCUUAGUUACAGUAUACCUUUCCUAUACUUUCAGGACGUACAUCACAACAGAAAACUUUGUCAUUACACCUGUUCAAUGUUGUUGUGGUUGUGGAUAGGAUAAUUCCAACUGCCAGAGGUGUGGAAAAUAGUGAUGAACUGAAAACUGACAUUAAAUUGGAGACAUUCAUACCAUCCAUUGAGGAACAAACUAUUCUGAUGGAUGAACUUGUCUUCCACUUUGCUACUUCAGUGAUCAAGGGAGUUCCUCAGAUGAAAGCAGAAUUUGCCAAUAUUUAUCCUGCUCAUCUGACUCAUCCAUACAGUGCACAAGCAGGUGAAAAAACAAAACAGUAUCCAUUAGGAUUAUUCGAUACAAAUGAGACAAAGACAGCUGAUAUGAUUCAGCUACUUCGGGAUUUGCAGUCCAAAUAUGUUCCAUUACAAGAUGAUCACAUAGUGGAAUCAGUGUUUUUUGGUGGUGACAGACUAACAGAUGAACGUGUACAAUGUGCACAGCAGUCAGUUCUCAAUGGAGAGACAGCAGAGUCCAGACUUGAAGGAUUUAUCUCUAAAAUUGAAGACUUUCAUCGUCUAAUGAAUUUCUUGGAGGCUAUCUGCAGGCUCACCUACAGCACAGAUUCUGGAGGAGACAGAGGAACUGCAUGCUAUUUUAGAAAUCUAUUGGAUGCCAGGAAUGUCAAAGGAGAUGUGAAAAAUGCGUAUCGCCCAUACAAACUUCUGUAUUACACAAUUUUAGAUGCUAUGUGCAUUGUUCUGUUUUUCAAGAAAUUCAACAGAAAUGCUGAUGAGGAAAUUCCAUUGCCUAUUGACUUUGAAAAGUUUUCAUCAAAUGACAAGAUCUCUUGGUUAAAUGGAAUCAGUCGUGAAAUUGUACAGGAGUAUUUUUUUGAAUCACAAAAUGACAUCAUGCAUGAUCUCCGAGAAAUCAUAACUGACAUUAGCCAUCCAGAAAACUAUUACCUAUCCAAUCUUGAGAAUGACAGAGUCCAGUGUCACUUUUGUCCCAAAUCAUAUGCAUAUGUUGGGUCCCUGAAAGCACAUGAAGAGAAGGUGCAUGGUGCCAAAACCCCAAUAUUGAAACCUUCAAAUGAAAAAGUGAAAGACGAAUUGGGAGAUCAUUGUCGACUUUUAUUCAAACUUGCAUUACUGCACAAGAACUUGGAUUCAGCAGUUGAUAUGGCCGAUGGACACCGUAGUGUACGAUCAGCGAAAUAUGAACUUCCAAUUUAUGUUAAAACGAACAAAACUAAGUAUGCUAUUGGAUCUAUCCACCUUGUUUCUUUAACAGAGGGUGUUCUGAAUGGGGAGCAGAAGGAACGGUUAAUUGCUAAUAGAUGUGUUAAUUUACAAGGGGGAAAGAAUAACAACAUGGCCCUUGACGAAUAUGUGGAGCUACUCAACAGAGAUAGCAAAGUUGUUUGUUCAGGUUUCCAAACAAAAGAAAGCAUUCUGCGACAUUCCAAGGAGUUUCCUCAUAUUGUCAACUUUGUAAAACACUUUGAUUCUGUUUGUAAUGUUACAACAAGAAAAGGAUUUCAUCACCUCCCAUCUUAUGCUGAAGAUGUUCAGAAAAUUGUAACUCAAUUGUUUGAUAUUGAUGCAUUUACAUUUGUGGAAGGUCGAAAGCUAAAAUGCAAAUCUCUGUGUACAAACAAAAACAUUUUCAAUGAUUGUUUUAAAGGGUUUGCCACUCUUGUCCAUAGACACAAGCCUCUGGUUGCUUUUCACCGUCUUGGAAACAAGCACAUAUAGGUUUCAUUUCCAUACACUUUUUAAGUGUGACAGUAUAUUGUAUAUAUGGUUGUAAUGAUUUAUUUAUUUAUGAGAUACUAUAUUGUUGAUACCAGUACUUUGAUUGUAGAUUACAUUGUGAUAUUACUGUUCCUCAACAUCAAUUUUAUAACUAGUCAGUUAAGGGAAUACAGUAAUCUCGUAAAAUGAAACUAUCGUACAUGUUUUGACUUGGUCAUAAGUCAUAUUUUAAAGCUGAAGAGAAUUGUUCUUUCAACAUAACAGUUAUUGAAAUACAGCUGUAACAAUUAACAGUAGUAAAAGUCAAUGCAUAUUUAAUAUUUGUUUUUAUUGAUAAAAUGUUUAAUUAUGAUGGUUUAAUCACCUGAACAAUUCAAGUGAACUUUCAUAGAUUUCUAACAUCUUCAGAGAUGAGGAUAACAAAGGUUGUGCACAUUAACAAGAGUUAGAGUUCAUUUACAAAUAAAACUCAAGGGGAUAUUCUACAUCAUCAUAAUGGCUGACUUCCUAUUAAAACAUGAAUGAAAAUAUGAAUAUCAGCAAAACUAUUCUAUGGAUUUCAAAUAUUGU